UUGCCAGGAAGUGACGUUGCCUGGUUACUGGGCACCAUGUCACGCUGACGAAAGCCAACCCGCUAACGAAGAUUUGUUUUUAACGGGGUUUUGCGUGUCAUUUGUUUGUCUUCUCAUAUGAAUACACCCUCUCUUACGAGGUUAAUACAAUUGUAAAACGGAACCCUGUUAACCGGGUGACCCUUCUCCAGGGGCUACUUCCAACAUCAUAAAGAGAGGAGAUGCGAUGUACCAGAUUUAGCAGCUAGCUCAUUGUUCAGCUUGUUGGGGAGGACUACAAUGUUUAGCCCCGGUGAACUAGACGGGGAAGUGGAUCAUUCAUUUUUCGACAGUGAUUGUGAUGAUAACAGUACCAGCAAAGAUGGAGAGGAAAAGUUGAAGAAAGGCGUCAAGGCUGAGAAGGAGGGUCCACCAGCACAGGAGAGGCUACAACCGAAACCGAUAGAAAAUACAAAAGUGGGUGCCAGCCGAGAUGAAACAAAAGACAACAGCUCUCAUUUAAUGGGAGAGGAGAGGAGCAGGGAAUCCAGCAUAUCAUCUGUUACAUUGGAUAAAGUCCUGAAUGAUAGCAGGAGUAGUGAGGAAGGCUCUACCUCGCUGUCAAAAAAGCCCAUUGGAACGAUUAUGGCUACGUUGGCUGAGGCCAGAAAUCAAGAUCACAAGGAGUACAAACAGAGUCCGAAUGAGUCUGAAGAAGAAGCAUCGCCAUCCAAUCACUCAAAAGGUUAUACAUCCCCUACUUCCAGUGAAGGCAGUGUGGAUGCGGACUCUGAGAGCUCCUCUAGAAGUUGCAGUGGGAGAAGCAGUACAAAUUCCCCCACCCUUUCCAGGCCCAACAAAGCCCCUGGAGUAAGAGGGACCCGAGUGAGCUCAGCAGAAUCUGAGGAUGUUCCUAUUUUCCGUACAGAGGAUUCAGAGGAUACAGUGACAGAUGUUAGCCCUCUUUCCUCUCCUGACAUCAGCCCUCUCCAGUCGUUGGACCUGAAUAACACAGAGGUUGAAGAGGGAGGCCUUAAAGUGCAGCAGCAGGAGGAGAGUGUGCCCUCCAGUGGCCUCAGCGACAUGCAUCAAGAUGGGGACUCAGAUCAGGAUGUAGACGAGUGUGAGUUAUCAGGCUCCCUCAGGUCUGACAGCAAGCUUGGAGGUGAACUGGUCUUCCACUGUCCUGGAAGGAGAAACAGGAAGAACUACUCAUUCAGCAAUGAUGAGGCUCAACGGAUAGAACGGGAGAACCAUCGACUUCUUCGGGUGAUUUCGCGCCAUUCUCCAGCACCAAGACCAGGAAGCAGCGCGAGGAAGAACACCCAUACGGCCAGCAAGUCGCCUAUUAUCCGACUCUCUCACAGCGCACUCAACAGGGAGCGGGAGCAGCAGCGCAUCGAGAGGGAGAACCUGGCUUUCCUGAAGAGGCUGCAGUCCGCCAAGCCGACAACUGGCCUGAAACGCUCAGAACAACUGCAGGACUUCCAGCGACAAGCUGCAUACUUGGGAGCUCCAUCAUACCCAAUAUGUACGUCCACCAACAAGAAAGAGAGGUCUACCAGCACAACGCCCUCAGCAGCAGGACCCAGGCCGGCGAGUUCGGCCCAUCACAGUUCCGGCCUGUUUCCAGCACACCUGACCCUGGUAAAACACCCGCACCCAGGAACAAAAAGAACGACUGCAGUCAAACCAGCGUGGAGCUGAGAACACAGCCUUGAUGAAAAAUAAACUUGUUUUCCAGUGAGGGAUGGUGCCAUGUAAUCUGUAUUUCAUUGUUUUCCCCUUUUUCUCAUAUUUGCACACUCAAAAAUAAUUAAAUAUUUAUUUGAAAUAUUA